AUGGAGACUCGGAGCUGUGGAGUCCGGAACACCUGGACCCUGACCCUGCUGCUGGCCUCCGUGAGUCCGCCGGGCUGCACCGCCUCCUGGGUGUCUCUGGGUGUCUCCUCCCUGGGUUCUCCGGAGAGGCCUAGCUGCUCUGCCCCCCCGCUGAGCCCCCGGCAGCGGGACCUCUGCAGGAAGCAGCCGCUCCUCAUGCCCAGCGUUCAGGAAGGAGCCCGACUCGCCGUCUCAGAGUGCCAGAGCCAGUUCAGACACGAGCGCUGGAACUGCUCCGUCCGCAAAGAGCCCCCGGUGUUUGGGCACGAGAUGACCAGCGGAUCAAAAGAGACGGCGUUCCUGCAGGCGGUUCUGGCGGCGGGUCUGGUCCACGCCGUGACCCGGGCCUGCAGUCAGGGCAACAUGACGGAGUGCGGCUGCGACGCGCGGCUGAGAGGAGGCGGAGCUCCGCAGGGGGCCGAGGGCUGGCACUGGGGCGGCUGCUCCGACCACAUCCAGUACGGGAUCUGGUUCAGCCGCAGGUUCAUCGACGGGACCGUCAGAAACACGACGAGCGUCAGAGGAGGAUUCACGCAGAGCAGCGCCUACAUGCACAACAGUGAGGCGGGGCGGCAGGCGAUCGUCCGCACGAUGUCGACUCACUGUCGCUGUCACGGCGUCUCGGGGUCCUGCGCCGUGAAGACGUGCUGGAAGACGGUAGCGCCGUUCGAGCGCGUCGGCGUUUACCUGAAGGAGCGGUACGAGUGCAGCGUCCAGGUGUCCGACCGGUCCAAGAAGAAAUCGAGGAGGAAGGAGCAGCGGCGCCCCCCGGUGGACGCUCAGCAGCUCGUCUUCAUCAACAAGUCCCCCAACUACUGCCUGGAGGACGUGCGGCGCGGCGUGGCAGGCACUCGAGGCCGGCGCUGCAACCGCACGUCCUCCGGCUCGGACAGCUGCGUCCUGCUGUGCUGCGGGCGAGGCUACAACACGCACCUGGUGAGACUCGUGCAGCGCUGCGAGUGCAAGUUCGUCUGGUGCUGCUACGUCCACUGCCACCGCUGCGAGAGCAUGAACGACAUGCACACCUGCAAAUAGGACAGGGACACAC